GACUCCAUGUUCUCCCUGGCCCUGAAAUGCCUUAUCAGCCUCUCCACAGUCAUCCUGCUGGGCCUCAUCAUUGCCUACCACACUCGGGAGGUGCAGCUCUUUGUGAUCGACAACGGAGCCGACGACUGGCGGAUAGCGAUGACGUACGAGCGCAUCCUCUACAUCAGCCUGGAGAUGUUGGUCUGUGCCAUACACCCCAUCCCUGGGGAGUACAAAUUUUUCUGGACAGCCCGUCUGGCUUUCUCCUACACACCUUCUCGGGCAGAGGCAGACGUGGACAUCAUCCUGUCUAUCCCCAUGUUUCUGCGCCUCUACCUGAUCGCUCGGGUGAUGCUGCUGCACAGCAAACUCUUCACCGACGCCUCCUCGCGCAGCAUUGGGGCUCUCAACAAGAUCAACUUCAACACUCGCUUCGUCAUGAAGACACUCAUGACAAUCUGCCCUGGGACAGUGCUGCUGGUCUUCAGCAUUUCCCUCUGGAUCAUUGCUGCGUGGACAGUCCGUGUGUGUGAGAG